AUGGCUGACAGCCAAGCCGAGGAGUUGGUCACGAAGAAAAAAUGCACCUCCGUUAUCUGGAAUUGGUUUGGCUUUUCUCCUACUGACGAAGCCCAAACAUCAGUAAUAUGCAAAGUGUGCACAGAACCUGUGAAAGUGUCGGAUGGCAAUACUACAAACUUGUUCAACCACUUGAGACGAAGGCAUCCCAAGGAGUAUGCCGAAAGCGAAACCAUACGGGCAGCGGGGGCAGCCACAUCACAACCACCAGCGGCCUCGGAGGCAAAGCAGAAGCAAACAACGGUAGCCCAGGCAUUUGAAAGAGGCACCCCGUAUGAGAAGUCCAGUAAGCGGUGGAGAGAGGUAACGGAUGCUGUUACUUAUUAUCUCGCUAAAGACAUGAUUCCUUUCAAGGCAGUGGAAGACGAGGGGUUAAAACGCCUACUGAAAGUAGUUGACCCCCGGUACGAGCUACCCAACAGAAAAUUAUUUUCAAACACUGCAAUCCCACGUCUCUACACCGAAUGCAGAGAGAAGCUGGAACGCCAAAUUCAGAAAGUGCAGUUUUUUGCAACUACUAGUGAUCUGUGGUCUAGUCGCACAUCAGAGCCGUAUUUAAGCCUGACCAUCCAUUAUAUUGAUAACUGGAAGCUCUGCAGUGCGACUCUGCAAGCAACAUACUUCCCAGAUGAUCACACGGGGGAGAUCAUAGCGCAAGGGCUGAGAGACGCACUUGAAAGUUGGGGACUCAAAGAGGAAAACAUGACCUGCAUGACCACAGACAGUGGAACGAACAUGGUGAAGGCCCUCGAACUAAACAACUGGACUUGUCUGCCCUGCUUUGGGCAUAGGCUGCACCUAGCCAUUGAAAACAGUGCCAAAGACCAUCGAGUUGUUCGCGUGACAUUGGUCUGCAAAAAAGUGGUCAGUGCAUUCUCCUUCAGCUGGAAGAAGAAGAGGGAUUUGGCUCAAGCUCAAACAGAGCUGAAACUCCCACAAAAAAAACUCAAAACGGAGUCGCCAACCAGAUGGGGUUCCAUACUUGCCAUGAUUGAGAGAGUGUUGGAGCAAGAAAAUGCCAUCUCACAGGUCCUGAGAUCUGACAAGAAGACAAGGCAGUUGGCACCAUCAUGGCAAGAUAUCGAGCCAGUCCUGCACCUGUUGAAAGUCAACCUCCUUGAGCUCAGUGAUGAAGAUAUUGAGCUCACCAACACAAUGAGGACAGCAAUCCUCAACUAUCUCACUGAAAAGUACCAGGAUCCCACCACUGAUGCCCUGCUCGACAUGGCUUCGCUUUUGGAUCCAAGGUUCAAGAGCCAGUACAUUGACAGUGACAAGACAGAGGAAGUACAAGCUAGAGCUGUGUCUGAGCUGGAGUCCUUGUUGAGCACAGCACAGCAUUCACUGCCCCCCUCCACUUCCCUCCUGUAG